ACAAAUGAACGAUUGCCGCCGCCAUUGCCGGCCCUCUUCCGGCAGCAUCCAAACAACAUGGCGGACGCAUCAAAAGCACACAAGUUAAAAUUAGCGAAUUCCAGAAAAAGGUUCAAAGAAUUGCAAGAAUUAAAGAAAAAGAAAGAUGCCACAAAUACAUCUGUAGAAAAUGAUGCAACCGAGCAAACCCCAGUAGAUAGUUUAACUAGUUCAACACAUAGCUCAAUAAAUAAUGAUAUAAAUGCUGAUAGUUCUGUGGUGCAAGCCACGCCGCUACCAAAUUAUUUUAAUAGUAGUAAUAAUAAUUACGGUGAUAAUUGGAUGUUUUUUGACACAAUAUCUCCGAAAACUAAUGAAAAGCCGUCUACUAGUAUUACGAAAAUGGUUAAUAAUAUUGUACAGACGCCCCAAUGUGAUAUAGAACAACCUUCUGAAGAUAAUGAUUAUUCUCUAUUUAAUCAAAGUAACCAGCAAAGUUACGUUAAAGAAACUCAACAAAUAAUUAGACCUAGUACGGAUUCUUUAACUUUGGAAGAUCCCGAACUAAAGCAGAAUGAAAUUUUCGAGCAUCACGGUAAAAAAUCCGAAGGCAAUCCGUUUUCGGAGCAAAAUAGGCAAGAUUUAAUAGACUUUUUACACAGCGGGUCGCAGCAAGUUAGCGAUAUCGAAAAUAAAGCAAUUAAAAAUGAGAUCGCCCGAAAUUCCAGUAAAGCAAUUGAAGGUGUUCAACACUCUAACACAAGUAGCCUUAGUUAUUUUUCAAAUCAGAUGGCACAAUCCCAGCAACCAUUUAAUGAGACUGGCUCUAUGAGCGACUUAGAAAAAAGAAAUAUCGAACUAACUACUAAAUUAGAACAAGAAAAAUCAUUAGCCAAUCAAUAUCAAUCAAAAAUAACCGAUUUAGAAUCAAAAAUAACGCGAUUAGAAAACGAAAUUAGUUCGAAUGAUAAUUCUUUGGAAUUGAAUAGGUUUAGUGAAGAAUUAAAUUGCCAUACUCAAACCAUCAGACUGUUAGUUAGCGAAAAAACGGAAUUAUCGGCAAAUCUUACGCAAUUAGAAACGAAUUUUAAACAAAAAUCGUCUGAAUGUGAGGAGCUGCAAGCGCGUUUAAAAAAUUCGAGAUCUAGAGCUUUUGAAUUAGAACAAGAGUUAAAUAAUCUAAAAUCUGAUAAAAUUCGCAAAGAAAGUAGCGGCGUUGAACGAAACGAACUCUUUGUACAUCUACAAAGAGAUUAUGAUGUUCUCCGAGAACAAAAAGAUGAGCUAUCACAAGAUCUACUGGAGGUUAGAGAAAAAUUGAGGACUACUGCUGAAGAUAAAGCGAAUCUUCAGAAAGUAAACAGCGAAUUAUCUACUAGGUUAUCUUUGGCGGAAGUCAAAAUUCAGCAGCUGAGCAGUUCUGGUCCCCAUACAGUGCAAGCGGAAUUUGACAAAUUGGUGCAAGAGAAGAGCCAACUUGAACGUGAGGUGGCUACUUUGAACACUAUGCUGAAAAGUAUAACUAAGGAACGCGAUGAAUCCACCGCUCACUACCAACACUACACUGAAGAACUCAACUCACAACUAACCACCCUUCAAGACCAAUUCCAACGACUGCAACAAGAAAAUGAAAACCUCCUCGUGCAGGAACAGAACCGCAUUCGCCACAUCGGCGAUCUCGAAAGACAAAUGCAGAGCGUCCAAAACGAUCGUGCAGCAUUUUCGACGAAUUUUUCAGACGGCAGUUUGAAAAACGACUUGGAAGUGACGAAAGAGCUGUGCGUUCAGUUGCAGAUGGAAAAAACCGAACUCGAAGAGAACUACACCAAAACUCUCAACGAAAAGGACAUGCUCCUUAAAGAACUCUCUGCCAAAAACGACUCUCUGAGUCAAUUAGAAAGCAUGGUCGAACAGCUACGCGGCAACCAACCCGAUAGCGUCAAACUGUUGGCGACCAUGGAAAGCGACAAAGUUGCCGCCGCUCGGGCCGUUCAACAAAACAAAGAACUGAAGGAACAGCUCGAAAGCAUGCAGGAGGUGUUCGCCAAAAUGGACAACGAUAAGGUUGAACUAACUGAAAAACUGGCAUUCGAAACCUCUAGUAACAAAGACCUCCUCGAAAAGCUGCAAAAAACCGAACUACAACUCCAAAGACUGACCGACGCCAUAGAGAUUAAAGACCGCGAAUUAUCGCUGUUGCGAGAUUCGUCAGCCGAACUCAACAAGCAGGUGCUGCAUCAAGAACAACUCGCAGAUCGAUUAAGACACUAUGAGGCCCAUGAUAACUCGUCACAUUCCCUCCAGAGCGAGCUACAAGACGCCAAACAGACCGUCGUUCGAUUAACGAACGAAAUCAACGUUCUUAGAAAUCAAAAAGAACACGGCAUCGAUGAUGUCGAUCUGAGAUCGCGAUUAGAUGAAAUGAGAUUGAAAAACGAAGAAUUGAUGACUAAAUUGGAGAAUCACACUGAAACUGACAAUAAUAACGCUUCCGAAUCGAGUAAAGAAACUAAAUGUGAACGUAUGUUGGAGAAGGAAGAGGCGAUGACGCGUUUGGAGGAGAAAGUAAAGAAGACGAUGCAAGAGAUUGCCGAUUUGAGUGAUGAGAAGCAACGAUUGGAGCAUUUGGUGCUUCAGUUGCAGAGCGAGACUGAAACGAUCGGCGAGUAUGUGGCGUUGUAUCAGCACCAGCGGAUGAUAUUGAAACAGAAGGCGGAAGAGAAAGAUGAACAGUUGGAGCAAUUAGCUACAGACAGGGAACAAAUCAAAGCGAAACUAGAAAAACUGAAUCAAUUAGUAGAAAGGCUAAUAAAAGAAAAACCCAUAGAAGUCGGUAGGGAUCUUUUAGAUCAGUACCAACAUAAUCAGGAUUCGCAAGAGCCGCCGUUGCGCUUGCCGGAUUCGACGCAUAUAGACGGAAACGAUGAAGCGGCUGAGGAGAUUUUGACAUUGUUAUCUGAGAUUAAAAGCAGUAAUUUGGUGGAACCCAAGGAGAGUGUACACAGUUGUCCGUAUUGUUCGGGGCAGCUGUUAACGGUGUAGUUUGAAUUUUUAUCCAUUUCUGGAGUACUGGAGAAGAGGAACUUGUAUAUUUUUGUAAAUUUUUCUAAAGCCUGUUUUGACUUGAAGAUAUAUUUUAUGGACCAGUUUAAAUAAUUUAUUUAUUUAUUCUAUUAUUUCUUUUUUUUUUUUAGGUUAGAUUAGAUCUGUAUUUAAACGGUUCGUUUCGAAGACGCCCUAAAAAUUGGCUGAAUGUAAGAUGUAUUUAAUUUAUGGUUUUUAUGGCAUCUUCAAAACGGGCUUUGGUUACUUAAAUUUUUUUAGCGAUAAUCGUACGUUUUUGUUUUGUUUGUUCACUUGUCAACUAUCAAAAUUCCACUCGUUUUUAUUUG